GGAGACACGUACUCAUCGUCGCCCAGGUCCGGAUUCCACCCCCCCAAUUGGAAUGGCAUCCUCGUAACUUCAUCCACAACGGGGCACUGUUUUAUUUACCGUGAAGCUGGAGAAAGAGAGGGAGAGAGAGAGGCAAAGAGGCGCACUCAGAUAAGGGAGAGGAGAGAGUGAGAAACCAAGGUUGGCCGGAGAUGUGCCUGACGACGAAGAAACCCGGGGCUGGAGCACCCACGCCGGAGUCCGGGGAGGAGUCCUACGACUGGCGGUUUGAGGCGAUCAACGGCGGAUCGCUUCGUCACGUGGACCUCCAAACGGGAUCCAACGGCUGGGCUUCCCCACCGGGCGACCUCUUCGCCCUCCGCAGCCGCCACUACUUCUCCCGCCGCCUGAAGACACCCUCCGGCAACUGGCUCCUCAAGCCCGCAGGCGUCGACUGGCUCCGGUCCACCUCGCGCCUCGACAACGUCCUCGGCCGUCCGGAUAACCGCGUGGCGGCCGCCCUCUGCCGGGCCCAGGCCCUCGGCCUCUCGCGCAAGGCCUUCCUCUUCGCCGUCAACCUCCAGGUCCCCGGCCGCGAGUGCCACUCCGCUGUCUUCUACUUCACCGCCGAGGACCCCGUCCCCCCGGGCUCCCUCUUCUACCGAUUCGUCCACGGCGACGACGCCUUCCGCAACGCCCGCUUCAAGAUCGUCAACCGGAUCGUCGAUGGCCCGUGGAUCGUGAAGGCCGCGGUGGGGAACUACGCCGCCUGCCUCCUCGGGAAGGCGCUCACCUGCAGCUACCACCGCGGGGAGAACUAUCUCGAGAUCGACGUCGACAUCGGGAGCUCGGCGAUUGCCAACGCGAUCCUCCACCUGGCUCUGGGCUACGUGACGGCGGUGACGAUCGACAUGGGGUUCUUGGUGGAGGCGCAGGCGGAGGAGGAACUGCCGGAGCGGCUGAUCGGGGCGGUGAGGGUGGCUCGGAUGGAGAUGGGGUCGGCCACCUACGUGGAGACUCGGGGGAAGGCGGUGGAGAUCGGGAAGCCCGGGUUCCGGGUCGUGGCCAAGGUCAAUCACCACAGCCAGAGCCCGAGGGCGUCCAAGGAGCGCGAGGAGGAUGGUUACAAAUUCUCCCCUUCUUCGUCGUUUGUUUUAUCGAAAAAGAUGUAAUCUUUAGCAAAAAAGAUGCAAUCUUCAGCCGUUCUGCUCUAAAAGGCCCGGUUUUUAGGUUUCGUAGACAAUAAUCUUUCAGUUCGGGGAGAGAUCGCUGGAGAUUGUUUUAUGCUUGCCGGAUGAUCCAUUUAUUAGUCUUAUUUUUUGAUGUCCA